CUCUCCUUAAACGUGCGGCUCUAAAUCUUCCCAAUGCAACUUCUACACGGCUGCGGUCUUUUUGGAGCUUGGCGCGUGCUUUCUUGUCAUUUAAGCAUCCCUAAGCACCUCCGUUUGUAAGGUAAAUAAGGAAAGUGCUCGCAUUUUUAAGAAUGAGGGAUUUUUUGGCCGGCGGCGCGCUGCUCUUGUUCUUCUCCUCUCUGGGCUGCGUUCUGAGAGCUGUGCGCUCUGAGCCGAGCGCCCUGCGCCCCGGGAUGCGCUGGAGGAACCACGGGCGCGUUUACAGCCUGCUCAGUCCGGGGGCGCAGUACGUUCCAGCGGGCCGCCGGAGGGACGGUGGGUCUCGUGGACCAGUGGUGGUCGUCAGUGACCGCAACGAGACCGCGUGGGUGCGUCCUGGCGCUCAGCAAGAGGACUCUCCGCGCGCAGACGAAGGCGCACCUGCUCCCGUCUCGAGGCAGCCCGAGCCACGUCCAGCGCGGGGUCCUACUGACCAAACGUCCGCCUCUGGCGGGGAAGCGCAGGGCAGCCACGCUCCAGAGGGCGCGAUGGUGGCGGAUGAUCCGUACGACCCUUACAAGUCCUUGCGCAAUAGUCUGUACUACAACCCGUACUACGGCUACAACGGCUACAGCUAUUACUACACGCCGAGGUACAGGAGCAGACAGAGACCUAACGGCUACUCCACGCGCAUACAGCACGGUCUGCCAGAUCUGGUGCCAGAUCCCUAUUACGUGCAAAUGUCCACGUAUGUACAGAGGGUGCCAAUGUACAACCUGAGGUGUGCAGCUGAGGAGAACUGCUUGGCAAGCUCAUCUGCCCAUGCGAGGGACUAUGACACCCGGGUGCUGCUGAGGUUUCCGCAGCGUGUGAAGAAUCAGGGAACUUCUGACUUUCUCCCCAGCAGACCACGGCACGCCUGGGAAUGGCAUAGUUGUCACCAACACUUCCACAGCAUGGAUGAGUUCUGCCACUAUGAUCUGCUGGAUGCAACCACCCAGCAAAGGGUGGCAGAAGGCCACAAAGCUAGCUUCUGCCUGGAGGACACGUCCUGUGACCCAGGAUACUAUAGGCGCUACGCCUGCACUUCUCACACUCAGGGACUGAGCCCAGGAUGUUACGACACCUACAAUGCAGACAUUGACUGCCAGUGGAUUGAUAUUACUGACGUCAAACCUGGAAAGUACAUCCUCAAGAUAACUGUGAAUCCAGGCUUCCAGGUCCCAGAGUCAGACUUCAAUAAUAACAUUGUUCGCUGUGACAUUGAAUAUACAGGCAAUUGGGCCCAAGCAUCAGGAUGCACUAUGUCUUCAUACUGAUGGUGGAGUUUUGUCACCACAUACAAAACAUUCAACUGUCUGGCCAUCGCUGGCACAGGAAAGGACCCCUUAAAGGAAAGCCAGCGGGUGAAAUGCUGCCUACAUCAGCAUCAGCCAUUUACCACAUCAACCAUUUUUAGCCUGUCCAAACCUCAUUUUUACAUCCAAAAUGUGCUUAAAAGCAAUGAAACAUGUUAAUUUAAAGUUUGAAGCAGAACUUUUACAAUGCUACCAAGACCAUACAAUGAUUGCAACAGUUCUAAUAGCACUUUCAUUGCUUUGGCUGCAUGAAAACAGCUGAGAAACUAAUAUUCAGUUUUCAUAGAUGUUAUUUAAUGCCCUCUUGUUAUAGGUUAAAUGAAAAAAAUAAUAAAAAAGGUAAGCUUGUUAGUAUUAGUGUGCUAUUUGUUGCUAUAAAUUGCUUCUCCACUCAGAAUUUGAGCAUUUUCUGUUUUACAAUAAGAUCAUAUUUGAAAGCUCAAGAGUAAUUCUGGCUAUAUGUUAUCCAUAGACAGUAUAAGUAAGUGCCACAUUGAAACAGUGAAAGUACAUUCAGAUAUUCUACAUCAGUGUUGUUUUCUUCCUUUUUAAUGUACAUUAACUGUCAUAUAUGCAAAGAUUUUGUAUUUCUAACA